UCGAGUUGUGAGGACGUUUCGUUCGUUUGAAUUAAAAUUUAUAUAUUUUAUUUUCACGUAAAUUUUUAGUUGAGUGUUCUUGUGAUAUUAUAACGGUUUCUCCCUUAAGAGGAACGAAGGCAGUCACACUGGAUUUCAAAUUUAAUGAAAAUAGCGUGAUGCGUGCGCCGGCGAGUGCCGGCGGGGUGGCCGUGACCCGCUGGUCGCAGACUGCGCCCGCGCCGCUCACGGACUACGCGGACAAGGCGCCCCCAGUACACGCAUAUCCCGUGUUCCCUUAUGACGAUGAGAUCAACCAACGUCUCGCUAUUUGGCAAGGCGAUAUAUCAACGUUAGAAGUGGAUGCAAUCACGAACACAACCGACGAGACACUAUCAGAAUGCAAUAUAGUUAGCGAGCGUAUCAUGCAAGCAGCGGGACCAGACUUGAAGGAGGAAAUCAUUACCAAAUCCUUAGAAUGUCGGACAGGGGAAGUGGUAGUAACUGGAGGGUUCGACCUUCACUGUAGACACAUUAUACACACGGUGAGCCCAAAAUACGUGGCAAAAUAUCACACAGCGGCCGAGAGCUCUUUACACAACUGCUACAAAAACGUUCUGCACUGCGCCCUCGAGCUGGGUGUCCGCUCGCUGGCGCUGUGCGUGGUGAGUUCGCCGCGGAGGAACUUCCCGCCAGACGUCGCCGCGCACGUCGCCUUACGCACGAUCCGGCGGCACCUGGAGGGCGCGCGGCUGCCGGCGCAGGUGGUGCUGGUGAGCGCGAGCGGCGCCGAGCUGUCGCCGCUGCAGGCGCUGGCGCCGCUGUACUUCCCGCGCGGCGCGCGCGAGGCGGACGCGGCGCGCUGGCGCCUGCGCGACGCGGGCGGCGCGGCGGGCGACGCGCUGCACCCCGAGCGCCGCAUCCGCAUCAUACACAACCCGCACUCGCACGCCGACCGAGCAGCGGACGACGACACGUCGCUGUGCGACGAGGACGCGGCGGCGGAGGCGGCGGCGGCGUUCGCGCGCGCGUGCUCGCCCGACACGCAGCUGCUGCUGCCCGCCGCGCCCGCGCCCGCGCCGCACGCCGCGCGCCGCUACCAGUCCGAGCAAUAUGAACGGCUAUUGCGACGCGCUCGAAGCGAGGACCUGAGCGAGGUGUCUGGCAUCGGCUGCUUGUACCAGAGCGGCGUGGACCGUCUCGGCCGGCCCGUGGUUGUGUUCAUCGGAAAAUGGUUCCCGAUAUCCGACAUCGAUUUGGAUAAGGCGCUCCUGUACUUAAUAAAGUUGUUGGACCCGAUCGUUCGCGGUGACUACGUUAUCGCGUAUUUCCACACUCUUGCCUCCUCCAACAACCACCCGCCGUUCUCCUGGCUCAAGGAGGUCUACACCGUGCUGCCUUACAAAUAUAAGAAGAAUUUGAAAGCGUUCUACAUAGUACAUCCUACGUUUUGGACCAAAAUGAUGACGUGGUGGUUCACGACGUUCAUGGCGCCCGCCAUCAAGGCGAAGGUGCACAACCUGCCGGGCGUCGAGUAUCUGUACUCCGUGAUGGCGCGCGACCAGCUCGAGGUGCCCGCCUUCGUCACGGAGUACGACAUGACGAUAAACGGCCUGCACUACUUCCAGCCCGACACCAACAACACGUAGACGGCUCGACCCCGCGCCGCCGUCGUUUCCCUAUUCUAUAUAUUUAUUUGUAUUAAUAAAACUCUAUGACGCUGUGUAUUCGACCGAUUCGAUGGCUACUGUAGUUUUUGUUGCUGGCCAUUACAAUAAUUGUGCGUGUAUGGCAAGCUUUAAAUAUUGUUAAGCCUUGUUAGGAAUUGAAUAAAGGAAAUAAACGAGUACGCCAAUUUUAUGUAAGUGAAUUGAAUUCUGUGACGGCCUAGACUCGAUUGAAAAAAAAACUUCUUUAUUGCUUUUUCUCUAUUCGGCGACUUGGACCCAAAGAUUUGAAUCUGUUUCAAAAAUGGCGGCGAGUGACAGGCCAGUGUUAGGUUAGAAGGUUAGUCUAUAGACGUAUGCGUUUUCUAUACAACUCUGAAAGAAAAUGACAAAAAAAUCAACAUAUCAAAACUUUAUCUAAAAUAAAAUUAUUGAUUUAACUGAUCCAAUAAUUUUCAAUUAAAAUGUUCGAUCAUAUUGUUUUUAUUUGUCAAUAGAUAGUUACAGGUUGUAUAGAAAAUUCAGCAAAUCCGUAAGAUUGUUGAAAUUUUAACUGGUAAUUAGUAUUAGCAGUGCAUUUUUAUAUUUUGUAAGUGAUAACUAAAUGUGUGGAUAUUUCGAUGCUCUUUUUCCAAUCUUGUUAUUGAUGUGUUCUCGAAACCAUAACGUCGUAUAAAAAUGGCACAGAUAAUAAAUGUUGCUGAGCACUAAGAAAAUAUAGUUUAAAGUAUAUUUUAAUUCUAUAAGAUCAUUUUUUCUCGUCAAUAAAAGUUUUGAUUCCAAAAUACAUCAUUUUUCGUAAUUACCAGAACAGGGUAACUGUAUUAGACGUCAUAUUUUAAGUGUGUAUUGAAAUUAUAUUUCCUUUUAGGUAUAAGCACUGAAUAACACUUCCAGGAAAUGGAAAAGCAACUACAACAUUUUAAUUUAAUAAGGAAUCAAAUUUCCACAUUUAUAUUAAGGUGAAGGAGUUUCGUUACGAGUUUAGAGUUUUAUUUUUUAGAUUAAUAAAUACUAGUUGUUGAUAGUAGUUCUGUACAUAUGUUGUGUAAUGGUUGCACAUUGCAUGAUUCUAGAUCGGUCAUAAUAUGUUACAAUUCCGAGUCAUUUUCUAAGUAACAUUCUUUCAAAAUUAAGCUAUUGCUAUAAAGUUUGGUGAUCUUAAGGCGACUCCCACAUAUUUUAAAGAUCUUCAACUUGUGCAAUAUAUAGUAUUAUAAAGAUUUAACUAAAAUUCUCUACCAAGUUUUAUUAAAGUUUUUCUCAAUGCAAUACCACUGCCAUUAUUGCAAGGCGCUCGUAUUUGUAUUCAAUAGUGAGAUAAAUUGCAGGGUGAUUACUAGUAUGCACCAAGUUAUAGCACUGCAAUAUGUAGUUACUAAUUCAAUGUCACAUCGAGGAACAGAAAUUGAUAUAAAAAUAAAGACGGUAGUUACAAAAAUAUUUUUAUAAUAAAUAAUUAUGUUGAUGUUAACAAAAAGGUUUUUUAUUAUAAAAUCAAAAAAUAUUUUUAUAACUUUUCAAACACUCUGAAUGUGCCACAUUUCCAUAAACAAUUAUUGUAGUUAUAAUUUUAGUGUAAGUGAAGCCCAAAUGCAUUCACUGUAUGUAAUAAGAUUUAUAUUACAAAUUCAAAUGUUUUCAGUCUUUGAUUAAAUGACUAAAUACUUACCGCAAAGCCUUAGGUGUGUCAACCGUUGUUAUUCUUUGUUAGCAGAGUAUAUUGUUGUCAAAUUGAAUGUGAAUGAGAGUUGGCAUAAACUUUGUAUUAUAAUGCUAAUUUAGGAGUUAUUUAAACAAUGUGAUGAUAAAAUCAGUUAAGUUUCAUAUUUUAUAAAAAGAUUAGGCUAUGUACAUAUUUAACAAACACAAAUAAAGUUAUUAAUUUACUA